CGCCCGCGAAGGGGGGCGUUCUGUCCUGUGGCUCUGACGGUGUGUGUGUGAGAGAGAGAGAGAGAGAGGGAGAGGGAGAGGGAGAGUUGAGCGUGUGUAUGUUUGAGUCAGAAAGGGGGAGAGAGAGCAGAGAAGGGAGAGCGACGCGGGCGGCGAGAGCUGCGAAGGAGCCGCUUUUUUUCCCGAGGAGACGGAGCGCGAGGACAGAAAAAUAGGGAGCGGGGGGGACUGAGGCGCAGCCAGCGCGAGAGACGCUGACGGAGAAGCGGGAAACAGGGACGCGCAAACGGCGGCGACGGCGAGGACGUCGGAGGAUUACAACUCUGUCCGUUACUGGGGAGAAAGUUGCGAAGGGGGGAUUUGAUGGUGUCUGUUCAGAGGAGCCACCUAACGGACCGUGUCGAGGGGGGCGAGUUCGAUGCGCGCGGCUGAACCAUGCACGCUCUGUGGCUCUUAACUUUCGCCUUCAGUUUUCACGAAGUGUGGACGGCGCGCUUCUCGCAGGAGCCUGCGGACCAGUCGGUGGUGCUGGGGGAGCGGGUCGUCCUCUCCUGCGUCGUGUUCAACUACUCGGGCAUCGUGCAGUGGACCAAGGACGGGCUCGCGCUCGGCAUCGGAGAGGACCUGCGAGCGUGGCCCAGGUACCGGGUGCUGCGGCGGGUGGAGGUGGGCCAGUACAACCUGGAGAUUUCGUCAGCUCAGCUGUCGGACGACUCCCUCUAUGAGUGCCAGGCCACGGAGGCGGCGCUGCGCUCGAGGAGAGCCAAGCUCACAGUCCUCAUUCCUCCAGAAGAUCCCGUGGUAGAGGGUGGUCCGCAGAUCCUGCUGACCGCGGGGGUCCCCUACAACCUGAGCUGCGUGUCUCGAGGGGCCAAGCCUGCUGCUGUCAUUGAAUGGCAGAAGGAUGGUGUACCAGUGGAGGGCGGGAUCAGCACUACUGAGGUGCUUCCCGAUAGGAAGAGGGUGACAACGCGGAGUUUGCUGUCCAUCCUGCCUGUAGACACAGAUACGGGGCGUAAUUUCACCUGUGUGGCUGGCAACCUGGCCGUGCCCAACGGCAAGCGGACCACCGUCUCCCUUAACGUGCACCACCCCCCGACUGUGACACUGUCCAUUGAGCCACGGUCCGUUCUGGAGGGAGAGAGGGUCACCUUCACGUGCCAAGCCACUGCCAACCCUCCCAUCAUGGGCUACAGGUGGGCGAAGGGUGGGGUCUUGUUGGAGGGCGCAAGAGAGAGCGUGUUUGUAACCAUAGCAGACCACUCCUUCUUCACGGAACCGGUUUCCUGCCAGGUCUUCAACGCUGUGGGCAGCACCAAUGUCAGCAUCCUGGUGGACGUGCACUUCGGGCCCAUCCUGGUGGUGGAGCCCCGGCCCGUGACGGUGGACGUCGACUCUGACGUCACCCUGAACUGUAAGUGGGCUGGAAACCCACCUCUUACACUCACCUGGACUAAGAAGGGCUCUAACAUGGUCCUCAGCAACAACAACCAGCUGUACCUUAAGUCUGUGAGCCAGGCAGAUGCUGGUCAGUACGUGUGCAAGGCCAUCGUCCCACGGAUCGGCGUUGGCGAGACGGAAGUCACCCUCACCGUCAAUGGCCCACCUAUCAUCUCCAGCGACCCCGUCCAGUAUGCUGUGCGAGGGGAGAAAGGCGAGAUCAAGUGCUACAUUGCCAGCACCCCACCACCUGACAAGAUAGUGUGGGCAUGGAAGGAGAACGUGUGGGAGAAGGAGAAAGGCACCCUGCUGGAGAGAUACACGGUGGAGCAGAGCAAGGCCCACCCCCAGGGCGGCGCUGUCCUCUCCACUCUCACUAUCAACAACGUCAUGGAGUCAGACUUUCAUUCGCCUUACAACUGCACCGCCUGGAAUGCCUUUGGUCCAGGGACCAUGAUCAUCACCCUGGAGGAGAGAGAAAUGGUUCCAGUGGGGAUCAUCGCGGGAGGGACUGUGGGCUCCUCCAUACUGCUCCUCAUCUGCCUGCUGGCACUCGCCUUUUUCCUCUACCGCCAGCGCAAAGGCAGUCGGCGUGGGGUGACGCUGGGGAAGCCAGACAUCAAAGUGGAGACCGUCAACAAGGAAACGCACAGCCUGGAGGAUGACGCCUCCACCGUAUCCACAGCAACGCGCAUGGUCAAGGCCAUGUAUUCCUUUCUGCCCUCUGUCUCCCUGUCUCCCUCCACCCAGCCAUUCAAGGAUGACAUCGAUCUGAAGCAGGACCUGCGCAGUGACACGCUGGAUACGCGUGAAGAGUACGAGCUGAAGGACCCAACCAACGGCUACUACAACGUUCGUGCCACCACCCACGAUGACGCCAGGCCAUCCUCGCGCUCCAUGCUAUACCCCGAGUACCGCCCCACCAAUCCCACAGGGGCAGGUGCUGCAGCAGCCACCAGCGGACCCGGGGCAGGGCCUAGUACGGCAGGGGCAACGGGCGGGGCCCCAGGGGCCCGUGGUGCCUGUUACGAUCCACGCCCCCCGUCCAGGUUGUCCCACACAAGCUAUGCGCAGUUCAACACGUUCUCACGACCGGGCCAGUCCCAGCAGGCAGCGCCAAACCCUGCGCCUCCAUCGGGCGACUUCUCUGGGGACUGCAGCCUGCUUGACUCGUCCACACAGUUGGCCUACGACAACUACGGCUACCCCACGCAGUACUCCUACAGGCUGGGGUUUGCCCCACCUCUUGAAGGAGGACCAGCCUACGAGAUGUAUGGGACGGGGCCGGCAGUGGGGGCAGGAGCGGGGCCGGGGGCGGGCUCAGAGCCCGGCCUGGGCAAGUACGGCACCUCGGCUCGUUUCUCCUACACUUCCCAGCCCUCUGACUACUCCCACAGACAUACACAGCGUAUGCAGACACACGUGUGAUGGAGACGCACACAUUGACAUAUGAGUAGCUACACACACACACACACACACACCCACACACCCAAAUAUUCACAGCCAGCCUAUAACUCUGGCCUGCAAAAACACAUGUGUGCGCGUGCACGCACAUACACACACAUACUCCCACACUGAUUUUUCCAGCUGGCGAAGCUGAAAGCGAAAGCCACAAUCACGGAGAAAAGAGGAUGAAGGUGAUAUGGAGAGAGGAGUCCUCGAGAGUAGUCGAAACAGUGAGGUGUAGGGGGAGAGGAGACAGUCGAAGGGGGGAAACGCAUGCAGACUGACCGGAUUCCCACCUGCCCCCCGUUUCCCCCCCAAUACGUGUCACCUCCCUCUCUGUAAACUGUGGUACGACGGGCAGCAUCAGUGAGCACCAACUGUUCAUGGGAACUGCAGUGUUCUUUAAUGUGCUCCUGCUUUGAAAAAGAUGAGUGGAGGAGGAGCCAGAAGUGGCAGCCCCUCGUAGGUCAGUGGCGCCACCUUGGGGCCCAGAAGGUGCUACACGGCUUCUCUAUGUCUACAUGACAGACGUGAGGUGACGGCCGCCGAAGGCUCCACUGCGAGAUUGUAGGACACGGUGCACCAUGGCGUGGACAGCUCUGAGGUGUGAAUGUGCUCAGCACGACAGGCUUAGGGAGGGGCACGGGGUACGAGCAGUCGUGUGUGUGUGUGUGUGUGUGUGUGUGUGUGUGUGUGUGUGUGUGUUGUGCUGAGAUUGGAGUAUUAUACAUGAGAUGUUUAUGGUGCCAGGCUAACAAAUUAGUACGGUGUAUGAGGUGUGACUUUGUACACUUACAAUAGUGUCAGGCUGUUGUACAGUAUAUUAAGGUGUUCCCUAUUAUUCAACCAUUUCUACACUCUAAUUUUUACCAUAGUUUACCAUGGUAAGUCUUUAUGAAAUGGGGAACACUGUAUGCAUUUAAUAAUUUGCCAAAAUUUGUACAGAAAUCUUCCCCUGAAUAUUAGUGUAUUUCUCUCACUUGCACAGUAGAGUAGGACUUUUGUUUUUUUUUUAAUCAUGUUUAUAUCUACAUGGGAAAAAAAGAAUUACAUUUAGAAACAUUUUUACAAUAUUUUUAUAAGGAGUUGUGGACCAAAGGUUCAAAGAUGGAGUCACGCGUCUCGAGUCGGGUGACGUUCACUUUCAGUCGAUGAGGUUUUUCCUGACGUUGUGUGCCUACUGUUGGGCUUAAGGUCACAACCGUGGGGGGGCACACAGAGACGGCCAUUCCUCUUUGGUACUGAACCGCGGAGCAGCCCGUGCUGCAGAGCAGUGCUUGGGACUCUUACCUGUCCGAACAGAGACCAGACUACUGUGUGAUCCGCUGGAAGGCUUCGCCGUGGCUCUUCGUAGUCACUGCGACGCUCAGAGGACCCCUUUGUACCACUGAGCUCGCAGGAGGCACAGCUAAGAGCAGCUCAGAUUCUGGGGAUUCCCACACAGACGUCUCUUCGGUCGAUUUGCCGAUGACGCGUGGCCUCGCACGACUCUGCGAGUUCGGUACGUGGACUGCAUUCACAAAGGUACGACAUUGGUAGCACACGUCUCUUGUUCCACGUAGGGUCGCUCAAGCGGUCGCUGUUACUCGUGUUGUCCGACAUAAAUCAUUGUGCUUGUUUCAAUGUUUUUAAACGGUCUGUGGACCUGGGUGGGAUGCAGCAGGAUGCCUAGAAUCAAAUGCGGCGAGAGCUUCGGUCCUGGAAACGGGGGCCAUCCCGACUUGAUCCCAAUGUAGAUGGCUGUCGGGAGAAGGUCCAGCAUUUUCACUCUGAUUACUGUACUGCGGAGGGACUGACACACACAUUGCUGUGCACCAUAACCAUAGGAAUGUGUGUACUGAAACACACGUGUUCAUGCAUACUUAGAUAUAAUGUAAAAUAUCCUCAUCAGAUCACGCUGAUGUACAUUCUCUAUAUCUUUCCUGCUAUUAAGAGGCUUUUUUUUUCUUUUUUUUUUAAUGAAGGAAAUAAAAAAAUCCCCCCCUUCCAGAACUCCUGUUUUCUUCUGGAUGAAUAGAUAAGUAGGCUAAAGGCUGUAAAUAAGAAUUUGUUGGGGGAGGGGACUCCUUGAGUUUUACAAAAAAAAAAAGGGGGGGGGGGGGUCAUUUCAUUUCUACUUUUUUAAUUUUACACGUUUUACCUUUUAUGAAUGCCUUCCUAAUAUAAAUUACAUAAUACAAAUAGGUUAAUACUACUAUGGUUAGGAUUAUGAUUGUGGUUAUAUGUAUAUAGUUUUUAUACAUAUAGUUUUUUUUUUUUUUUGGGAUCCUCUGAUCAGAAAGAUGCUGAAAGACUGCAGAAAGCAGGUACUUUUGGAUUUGGCGGUGAUAAUCUGAACAUUUCUGAACCAGGCCAAAGUGGUCUGUCUUGCCCAUGGUUUUCAUAAUUUGGGCACCAAAUAACAGUGUUUUUUUUGGGAGGGGGGCAAGGGUAAAACAAAAAAUGAAUGCAGCAGUUAUAUGCACUAUGACCCUUGUAUGUUUUCUAUUGUUAGGUGGGGUGGGGUGGGUCGUCAAACAGUGGAAACGAUGGACACGGAUGGAGAAAUGGAAAAGGGGGGGAGACUCCAGGGUGGAGAACAGACUGAGUCCUCUCAUCUUUCAUGUUGUCAUUGAAACUAUUGUCCUGCGUCAGCACAUCUAAACAAGGUAUACCUUUCAUUAGUGUUUUUACUAUGAUCAUAAUUGGCAGAGACUCAUUACCGGGGUCUGUAAUGCUUUAUGAAGAAUGACAUGACAGGGUAAAACAGGGAAGUGUGUGUGUGCGUGUGAGUGAGCGAAUGCUGUUGUGUGUUGCCUGUAUUUCCCUGUUUUACGCCCUGUCCUCAUCAUCGUCCUCACUGUACCACUUCUAUUCUUUUAUAUCCAUGAUAGGACUGUAUUUCUGUGUCUUCACAGGCUUUCAAGUGUUACUCUUGCUGUGUUCUGUUCUUAAAGAAAAAGUGUACAAAAAGGAAAACGGUUAUUACAUUUUCCUUUUCUUAUUUUAUUUUAUUCAAUAUUUUUUCAAAUUGUAUGUAAUUAUUUUU